CAUCUAGUGUCAGGAUUAAAAACAUUUCUUUUACGACAAAUAACUCUUUAAAUUCCUCAAAACUCUGCAAAUUUCAAUAUGUUGUUAUGAAGUAAAAUAAAUCAAAAAAUUUUGUUUUAAAUUUUUUUGUUUCACCCUGAAUGACUAAUGUAAAGUUAAGUACCAACAAUGUCUUAUAAACAAGGUCAUGAUGCUCAGGGGUCCUAUGUUGAUAAUAUUCGAGUGAAAAUUUCUGAAAGAUACAAGCCACCACAUCGAAUAAAUCUGCCUAUUAGUUACACACAGAGGCUUAAUCUGAAUAAACAAAUUGAAGACAGCAUACCAAAAUAUGAGUUUACAUUGGAAAAGUCUGUUAUUGAAAGAAUGAGUGAACUGAAGGCAGCCAGAGCAAGUGCUUAUGAGGAACGAAAAACUAGACUUAAUCAGGCCAAAGAAAUUAAUAAGAAAAUUCAAGAACAAAAGGAGAAGGAAAAACUCAAAGAAGAACAAGAAAUUAAAUCAACUGAAUGUGUUGUAACAACCAACAUUCCUACUUAUACAACACCUGUGACAAUGGGCAUUAAUACCACUAAUCAAAAUCAUAUGCAAUCAUAUUCCAUUAGUAAUAAUAUUCUAAUGCCAACUCAAGUCACCACUAAUGCUUAUACUAACAUUUUAACCCCCAUUCCAUUAACAAGUCAAAUGCAUUCUAGUAAACCAGUGGAUAAAAGCCCUUUUAACAUAUCUGACUUUGAAGAUGACACUUCCAGUCCCUUUGAUAAUAUGGAGUUGAAAUCGAUAAACGAUUUGGAAGAGUUGGCUCAGGUUUUAAAAACAGAUGGGUCAUCUCAUCAUGCAAACCCAUCUCACAGCUAUCAACCCAGUCUUGUCUCAUCCUCUCAAAUACAACCCAGUUGUGCCUCAUAUACAGGCCAUCAAUACAACUACAACUCAAACAUGCCUUCAUACAUGACCCAACACACAAAUGGUUAUUAUUAUCCUGACGCCACACAGUCAUUUCAUCAACCCUACAUGUACCCCAAACAAAGUACCACAGACAAUAGCUACAUGAACCCCACAUUAGAAACCUCAAAAUCAAACUGUAAAAGUGUUCCUGACAUAAUGAAGGCUUUAGAAACCGAAUUGAACAACACAUACAUAAAUUAUCAAGUGACCAGCAAAGUGGACGUGGUGAUGAACAACGCCACGUCCAAAGCCACCAACACGGUUCAUCCGAAGCCUCAAAGCGAGGACGUUCUGCGGGAACUGCCGAAGUCGGACCAGGAGUUGUGCAAGUCCAUUGGGUCCAUGGGUUUCCCUGUUGAUAGGGUGGCUAGAACAAUUAAGAUAUUAGGGACUGAUCAAAAGAAGAUUGUAGAACAUUUAUUGGCAAUGUCAGAGUUGCUGGAUCUAGGAUUCUCAGAAAAAGCUGUGUCGAAUGCGUUGCUGCAAUGUGACAAUGAUAGAGAUAAAGCUUUGGACAAACUAAUUUCAUAGUAAUCCAUCAGGCUGUGCUAAACUUAUAAACUCUUACGUGUAAUAAUAUCUUGUAUUUAUAUUUAUUUAUUUGUACAUAUUUACCAUGUAAAGUUGAAUCUUUUCGUUUUAAAAUAAGUUCAUUAUAUAUACUGCGAUUUGCAAUGAGUACUUUAGUUUUCAGUAUUCUUAUUCUGUGUAAGUACUAUUGAUUUGUCCUUAUUGUACAGUAUAAAGGUUCCAGUUAUGUAUUAUAUAAUAUACUCAUUUGUAUUAUAUUGAUUAUCUAUGAUAUACAUAUAAAUUUUUACUACAGCAAAUGACUUAAAGUGCAAUAGAAAUUUUUUAAUUCAA